AGAUCUUCGUGGAGGGAGGACGCACGCCCCCCAUUCUCUCCGCUGCCAACCCCGCCCCCCUUAUAUAUAUUAACUACCCUAUCACCACCCUUAACAAAGCCACUAAUAAUAAUAUUAAUAAUAAUAAUAAUAAUAAUAAUAACUGUGGGUAUCGAGAGUGUAUUUAUAAGGCGUCAAAUUCUGGAUAUUUUUCGGGGAUUUAAAAUAUUUCUCUGAGUCAAUUUUUGGAUUUUUUAUAUUUUUUUGGUGAUGAAUUUUUGGUGGUGGUGAUUUGGUGGUGUGGUGGUGGUGGUGGUGCGUGUACUCGUGUGUAGUGGUGGUGUGUUCGUGCGUGCGUGUUUUUUUUUAGUAUGAAGUUAUGAAGCAUUCGCGUAGGCCUAUGAACUUCAGUAUGGGAGUGUGGACGGCAGUAUUAUGGUUGGCGGCUGUGGCGGCUGGUGUGGCGGCUAUGGAGGUGGUGGGGGAGGUGUGGCGGGGGGAGAGGGCGGAAAGAUCUGUUCAACAAAUUCCGCUCGGCACUUCUGGAUUUCCGCUGCCUGUUGAUAUCGACCCAAUACCUUCUGGUCCGAGGGUCACCAUGCCUCAUAUAAGCUUCCGAGACAUGGGCAGCCUCGUACAGCAGGCAACCGUCGCUGUCAAUGAGAGAUUUGACACCAUAGAACCGGCCAUAUACCAGAGCGGGGCGCGGCAGGUCCCUGGUACCCCCGCCUGGUUCAUGGCCGCCUCGCACAAGACCAAGGUUGUCGCAAAGAACAUAUCCAGAAUUGCGCUCAUUUCCGAGGAGGCGACGAAAUACACGGCACAACAGUUUCGGCUGGACCAAGAUCAGGUGAGCUAUGGCCUUCCGACAGCGGACGUACGCGGGACCGUCCUCGGCGACCAGUGCCCAGUGGAGGUCGACUUCCCGUGCCAGCCGAGAAAAUACCGCGCUUUUAACGGCUACUGUAACAACGUCCAGAAUCCAAAAUGGGGUAACGCCAACACCAGAUAUCUCCGUUUCCUCCCAGCGAAUUACGGGGACGGGGUGUCCGUUCCGCGGCAGGCGACCUCGGGUGAUUUUCUCCCGUCGACGCGAGCGAUCAGUCUGGCCCUCCAUCGCGACCAUGACACGCCGCACAAGUUUAUGACCUCGGUGGCGGCAGUGUUCGGACAGUUCAUCUCACACGACCUCUCGCAUACGCCGCAGAUGGCAGGGUACAUCGGCCAGCGUCUCCGUUGCUGUGGGGUCAACUUCAGCGACUUCCACCCCGAGUGUUACCCGAUUCGCAUCCCCGAUAACGACCCGAUCUAUUCCCCGCUCAAACAGAAGUGCCAGGAAUACGUGAGGUCAGGCACGGCUCCGAGGACUGGAUGCACGCUAGGGCCCAGAGAGCAGAUCAACCAGGUGACAUCCUUCAUCGACGGCUCUGUGAUCUACGGGUCGAGCAAGGAGGAGAGCGAUGAGCUACGAGCGUUCACCGGCGGACUUCUCAGGAUGCAGCGGGGCCCGGGCAGCACACAGAUACUAGCGGAGGAUGACAACCAGAUCGACUGCAAGGCCACGGGAAGAUUUAAGUGUUUCAAAUCCGGCGACGUCCGCGUAAACGAACACAUUGGGGUCGCCGCCAUGCACCAGCUGUUCGUCAGGGAGCACAACCGCAUUGCCACCUUCCUCUCGGAGCUCAACACACACUGGACGGACGAGCAGGUCUUCCAGGAGGCCAGAAGGAUCGUAGGGGCGACACUUCAACACAUUACGUUCACCGAAUUCCUUCCGUCAAUUCUGGGCCAGGGCAUCAUUGAGAAGUAUGGCCUGGCUCUGCAGUCUUCUGGAUUCUUCGCCGGCUACGACAUCAACAUUAACGCCGGCAUCGCUAACUCUGUGGCCACUCAAGCGCUCCAGUUCGUCGCCUCCAUGAUGCCGAACACAGUGGCUUAUUUUGAAGACGGUCAGAAGGUCAAGGAACGCCCCAUCGCCAGCACCUUCUACGCACCCUUCGACCUUUACGAGCGAGGCAAGUUCGACGAGGUCCUUGAGGGGAUGGUCAGCUCCCACGCCCAGAAUGAGGAUAUGGCCAUUUCCGAAGCCAUGACCAGCAAGAUGUUUGAGGACGCUAAGACUGGGGUUGGCCUGGACCUGGCGGCACAGAUCCUGCAGCAGGGGCGUGACCACGGCAUCGCUGGAUACAACCGCUGGAGGCACUUCUGCGGCCUCCCGAAAGCUGCCUCCUUCCAAGACCUGAGUGACGUCGUUGCCCCGGAAAACAUCAAGAAACUACAAGGGAUUUAUAAGCAUGUGGAUGAUGUGGAUCUCUUCACCGGUGGACUCGCGGAAAAGCCAAACCGUGGAGCGCUGGUUGGGCCCACAUUUGGCUGUUUGAUUGGUCGGCAGUUCCACUACCUGAGGCGAGGCGAUCGUUACUGGUAUGAGAACGACAUUCCACCCUCCUCAUUCACUAAGGAACAACUGUACGAGCUCCGCAAGACCAGCCUGGGACGUGUGAUCUGCGACAACAGCGACAAGCUCCAGCACGUCCAGCCCAAGGUCAUGCUGGAGGCUGAUUCCUUCCUGAACGCCCCAAUGGCCUGUCAGGGGAAGAAUAUCAAGGGUGUGGACCUGAAGAAGUGGAAGACCGCCAGCCCCAACUUCAUCAUUCCCGACAAGAUGCUUCAGGAGAGCAUUGAGAGGGCCAAGCGCGACAUCACCAACAUGAGGGACUCCGAGUGGAACCUCUGGGAAGCACCACACACACCAACUGACCCAAGACCCAGAACGAAGCGACAGACUAACUCCCGACCCAGACUGACCCCAAGCGGACACCCCAGGACGCAACGCCCGACCUGGGGGGGCCAGCGCGUGACCCCUGACCUCAUGCAAGCGCUGGUGGGCAGGGGGUCGGAAGCGCAGGGGAGUGAGGACUUGAAGUUGAGUCCGAGGGUUAUGCGGGAGGCCGAGGAGCUUCUGACGGAUUGCUUUAGCGCGGGUGUCAAGGCUUGGGGGUUUAUGAGGCAACACGAACGGCAGCUGUGGCAGAAACAGCUGACUGCCGACCCCAAAGGACCUCUGGGGUCAGCCUACGCCUUCAGCAAGCCCAAGGCGCAAUCCGUCAAGAUCUCAAACUCCUCCUUCAUCCUGCAGUUUGCUUCAGCGCGAUUUGUAAACAACUAUUUCGCUGGGUCAGACAGCAUAAGGGCACGAAAAACACGUGCAGCCGACCGCCAGCUGAAGGACACUGAAUCCGGGUCACCAAGCAAUGUCCUCGACCUGAUGGAAGUGUUGCCAAACAUUGACGUGAGCGACAUCAUGGAAAUCCCCAGUGUGUUUGAGUGUGACGACCAGACCCUGCCUUGCGACCAUACAUCGCGAUUCCGUACGGCGACAGGAUGGUGCAAUAACCUGAAUUUCCCGUCCUUCGGCAAGUCAUUCCGGGCCAAGAGUCGUCUGUUGAGGCCCUCCUAUGAAGAUGGCCUAUCAAAACCCCGAGCUACAUCAGUCACAGGUCAGCCGCUUCCCUCCCCUCGGCUAAUCUCUACAAACAUGCACAACGAUGUCUCGGCUCCUCAUGUUCGCUACACCCUCAUGGUCAUGCAGUGGGGGCAGUUUAUCGACCAUGACAUCAUCUUCACGCCUAUCAACAAAGGGUUCCAGGACUCCAUUCUUGACUGCCGGCGCUGCGAUUCACCCCAGACGGUUCACCCCGAGUGCUUCCCUAUCGGCAUUCCCGCCAAUGACCCGUUCUUUCCACCAGUCAAUAUCUCCUCUGGGCAGCCUUUCUGUAUCCCUCUGACGCGCUCCAUGCCGGGACAGCUGACUCUAGGUUACCGAGAGCAGAUGAACCAGGUCACUGCAUUUGUGGACGCCUCACACACCUAUGGCUCGGACAAGUGUGAACAGAGACAGCUGAGAACGCUAACGGAUGGCAAGCUGCGUGGCACUCCUAACCCCUUGAGAGGCAAGCUGCUGCUGCCCACUGAGGAGGAGAAUCAUGAGUGCCAGGCGCCAUCAGGAAGGUGUUUCAUAGGAGGCGACACUCGGGCCUCUGAGCAGCCAGGUCUCACCGCGCUUCACACCCUCAUGAUGCGCGAGCACAACCGCGUCGCUGGGGAGCUCAAGCGCCUCAACAAGCACUGGAGCGACGAGCAGCUCUUCCAGAACGCUCGGCGGAUCGUGACGGCCAUCAACCAACACGUGACGUACAAUGAGUGGCUGCCGAGAGUCCUGGGAUGGAACGCAGUCAACCUGUAUGGCCUUAACCUGCUGCCAGAGGGAUACUAUGAAGGUUACGACGCAUAUUGCAACCCCACGGUCCUCAACGAGUGUGGAAUAGCCUUCCGCUUCGGCCACUCCCUGCUGAAGCCUUCCCUGGAGCGGAUGGACGGAAUCUUCGCCAAGCAGGACCCUCCCGUCAAGCUGAGCGAGCACUUCUUCAACCCAGACUUGCUCUACCAACCGGGAAUGCUCGACGAAAUUAUCCGAGGGCUCACGACUGUCUCCAUGGAAACGCUUGACCAGUUCUUGACGGACGAGGUCACGAACCAUCUAUUCGAGGACAAGAAGAAGCCGUUCUCUGGGCUUGACCUUGCAUCACUGAAUAUCCAGAGAGGUCGCGAUCACGGACUACAACCUUAUAAUGAGUACCGAGCGCUGUGUAACCUUACGCGAGCGAGAAGCUUUGAUGACCUACACCGGGAAAUCGCACGGCCGGUCAUCGAGCGUAUGAAGCGGACUUACGCACACGUCGACGAUAUCGACCUCUUCACCGGCGGCCUAAUCGAAACGCCACUCCACGGAGGACUCGUAGGACCCACCUUCGGCUGUGUCCUCGGCAUCCAGUUCAGAAACCUUCGGAAGUGUGACCGCUUCUGGUACGAAAAUUCUGACCCCUUGGUACGAUUCACCGACCCACAGCUGACGGAGAUAAGGAAGGUCACGCUUGCCAAGAUGCUCUGCGAUAACUGCGAUAAUGUGGAGAGUGAGCAGCGGUCCGUCUUUGACCUUCCUGACCCCUUCCUGAACCCUCGUGUGUCCUGCCGUGACCUGCCGGGGAUCAACCUGGAGCUGUGGAAGGAGCGAGUGUCAUGUGGGGUCGGUAAGACUAAUAUUGACAUCGGGGCAGCCGAGCGCAUAUCACCCUGUGUCAUGUGCACCUGUACCAAGGAAGGGCCGGUGUGCCAGAGCCUGAAGAUCGACAACUGCUUCCACCUGGCCCAGUCCUACAGCCCUGAGUCCAUCCUCAACGACCACGUCUGUAAGGUCCAGUGUGCCUUCGCCUUCAGAGCCUUCCCGCAAGUUGCCACCAAGGACUCCAACCAACUGGGCUUCGCAGAUAGAUAGGGGAGCUUAGGAUAGCGUAUAUAUGUCUUUCACAAACUGGUAGAUUUAUAAGGUUAUGUAUCGUGUCGGAAAUGUGAGUUUUUGGCUUGGAAAUAGGUGAGGAAAUGUUGGAAAUUACAUAUCAGGAAAUGUAACCAUCGGAAAACUGUCUCGAUUUAUAUGGUAUAGAUUUUUAAGAUUAUGUAUUGUGAUGGAAAUGUGAGUUUUUGGUCAGGAAAUGGGUGAGGAAAUGUCGGAAAUUGUGAACCAGGGGAAGUUACUAUCGGAAAAGUGUCAAUUUAUACGGUAGUAGAUUUACAGGGUCACGUAUCGUGCCGGAAAUGUGAGUCUUUGGCUUUGAAAUGGAUGCGGACGUGUUGAAAAUUACGUAUCAGGGGAAGUUACUAUCGGAAAAGUGUCAAUUGAUAUGGUGUUACAAUUAUAAGAUCAUAUAUAGUUCUACAGAGGACAGUGGCAUGGCUAGAAAUGCUACUAUAUAGUUAGGAAAUGGUUGAGGAAACGUCUAAAAUUGUGAACCAGGGGAGAAUUAUAUCAGAAAAAUGUCUCAGCUUAAUGGUAUUAGAAUUAUUAGGUUAUGUUCCGUGCUACUUGAGACAGUGUCAUGGCUAGAAACACGACUUUUUGAUCAGGAAAUGGUUGAGGAAAUGUCAAAAAUUGUGAACCAGGAGAGAAUUAUAUCAGAAAAAUGUCUCAGCUUAAUGGUAUUAGAAUUAUUAGGUUAUGUUCUGUGCUACUCGAGACUGUCAUGGCUAGAAACACGACUUUUUGAUCAGGAAAUGGUUGAGGAAAUGUCAAAAAUUGUGAACCAGGGGAGAAUUAUAUCAGAAAAGUGUCUCAGUUAAUAUAUAGUAAUAGAUUUUAGCAAGACUAGAGAGGGUACAGUAUCUAUGUUAGGGGAGAGUUAGCAUUAGGAGGAACUGGUUAAUGAAAAGUCAAAAGAAAAUCGCAAAUCAGUUGAAAAAAUAAAGAAACUGCUAUCAGAAAAUGUGUAUCAGUUUAUGUAGUAGGUUCAUAUUAAGUUUAGGGUUACAAAGCAUGGGACUACAGUGCUAUGUUAAGGGGGAAUGUAUGGUAAUAUAUAGAAACAGAGAAUGCUUGGGGAAACUAUCUUGAAAGUCACAGUCUUCCGUCCAUAGUUUUAAGGUCCUCCGCCGUCCAUAUGCUUAAGAAAUCUUGCGUACUAUAUUUCCAGUCCUCUGAAAAUGGACCCAAAAUGUCGUACUGAGUGCACGUUGUAACUCUAAUUUUUAUUUCUAUGUGUAACGAGGGUAAUUGUACCAUAGCCUGCAAGAGUUAAGAAGAGUUAUGUGUCCACUAUGUAUUUCCAGGCCUCUGAAAAUGGACCCAAAAUGUCCUAUUCUAAUGUUUAUGUAUAGGGAAGGGAGUUGUACCAUAGCCUGUUAAGAAGAUCAAGGUGUUUAUUGUGUAUUUCCAGGCCUUGAAAACCUAUGAAAAUGGACUGAAAACAUUGGAAUUAGUGCAAGUUCUACCCUGUUCCUGUUCUUCCCUUGUAUAGAACUAAAGAGAGGAAAGAAAGAACAUAGAGAGUGAAGUGCUGGAGUCAUUGUUUAAUCUUUUUUAUGCCUGUCCAGUGGAAAAUAAGAAGAGAAUGAAUGUUAUGAGCUAUGAUUAAAUCUCUGGAGGUAUGGGAAUUUCAA